CUUUUUUUGCUUGUAUCUUCAACUAUGCCUUAAUAUCUGGCAGGGAAAAGAUAACAACUCUCUUGCUGAAGAUUUAGCCACUAUGUAGUUAUUCCAUAAAUUGUACAAUAAGUACUUACUAAUUUUUCAAAUUUAGUGUUACAAAAUUUAAUUCAUUCACAAAAGAUUUCAACACUUUUAUUGGCGGAAUAAAUGAGUGAAUUGAAUCAGUUUCAUCCAAAUUUUUCUCUACCUUUGAAAUAUAAACAUUUAAAAAGUACUAAUAUUGCUCAGAUUUUCAGUGUUUUUAAAAAAAUAAACCUGUAUGUGAACAAACAUGGCGUUUCGCAAGGACUGACAAAUCCAAUUGUACAUACUUUUCUCAUGUUUAUACAGAUUUAAACAUUCACCUCAAAAAAUAAAUUCCCGAAGUGUAUGAAAAGCACUAUUCCACAUUCAUGGGGACACACAUCCUGCCGUCUUAUCAGAAACAAAAACUGGCUUCCCCCAGAUUUGGACUGAAGACUGGGCCUAAGAAGUUUGCGGAAGGAGGGUCUUGGAGACCUCUGGGCUCCGGCUCCGUAAUGCGCGGCUGCGCUGGGCUCCGUCUCGGCUUCCAUUCGGCUCCGUCCGGCUCCGUUCGGCUCCUCCUCCCGAAGCGAGAGUGGAGGCGAGUCCAGAGCAUGCGCUCUCAGGUUGAGCUGAUCUUAGGGCUGCUCUCUGGCUGGAGUUUUCACUUCCUUCUCUUCAGAGCUGUAUCCGGGUCGUUGCUUUCCCUAUUGUCUUAGACAACCGGCCUCGGACUGUGCAAAUUCUGGGUCUUUUGUUGCAGGCUAAUAAAGUUUUUCUUUCUUUCAUUAUUUUUUUUUCCUAAGAGUUUUGUCGGGGGAAAUUAACCCCCCAGGGCUGCCGGGUUGGCCGCGCUGCCUGGGCCGGAGGGCGCCUCUGGCCGGGGAGAGCCAAGGGAAGCCACCAGAGCUGCCGGGGCCGGUUCUCUGAGGACUAGGGGCCGGGGGGGCGGGAGGGGAACCACGGGGGGGGGGCACUUAGGGCGCCCUGGUUAGUCCGCGGCGCCGCCUGUUUUUAAAUAGCAUCUUUCAGACUUGUUUCCGCGGUCUCAGUCCUCGACCUCGGCGCUACCUGGGCUCUCGAAGCCUCUCCCUAGGUCUCCUUCAAACGACCACCUCGGAUUCCUUAUGGAUCGCAGCUCCAAGAGGAGGCAGGUGAAGCCUUUGGCAGCUUCUCUCCUAGAAGCUCUCGAUUAUGAUAGUUCAGAUGACAGUGAUUUUAAAGUUGGAGAUGCUUCAGAUUCUGAAGGGAGUGGUAAUGGAAGUGAAGAUCCUUCAAAGGACAGUGGAGAAGGUUCCUGUAGUGAUUCUGAAGAAAAUAUUUUAGAGGAAGAACUGAAUGAAGAUAUUAAAGUAAAGGAAGAACAACUUAAAAAUUCUGCAGAGGAAGAAAUUCUCUCAUCAGAAAAACAAUUAAUUAAAGUGGAAAAAAAGGAGGAAGAAGAGAAUGGAGAAAGACCUAGAAAGAAAAAGGAAAAAGAGAAGGAAAAAGAAAAGGAAAAAGAGAAGGAGAAAGAAAAAGAUAAAGAGAAGGAGAGAGAGAAGGAUAAAGAAAAGGCAACAGUAUCUGAUAAUGUGGCUGCUUCUGCUGCUUCCACCACACCAGCCACAAGUCCUCCUGGUGUUAAUACAUCUCCUUCAGUCCCCACCACAGCUACUACAGAGGAACAAGUCAGUGAGCCAAAAAAGUGGAACCUUCGUCGAAACAGACCACUUUUGGAUUUUGUGUCCAUGGAAGAGUUGAAUGACAUGGAUGACUAUGACAGUGAAGAUGACAAUGAUUGGCGACCCACUGUAGUAAAAAGAAAGGGAAGGUCUGCAUCUCAGAAGGAAGGAAGUGAUGGAGACAAUGAGGAUGAUGAAGAUGAAGGAAGUGGGAGUGAUGAGGAUGAGAAUGAUGAAGGCAAUGAUGAAGAUCAUAGCAGCCCUGCCAGUGAAGGGGGUUGCAAGAAGAAGAAGAGUAAAGUUCUUAGCAGAAACAGUGCUGAUGAUGAGGAACUGACCAAUGAUAGCCUGACACUAUCUCAGAGCAAGAGUAAUGAGGACUCGCUGAUUCUUGAGAAGAGUCAAAACUGGAGUUCCCAAAAAAUGGACCAUAUUCUGAUUUGCUGUGUUUGUCUUGGAGAUAAUAGCGAGGAUGCUGAUGAAAUAAUUCAGUGCGACAAUUGUGGCAUUACAGUCCAUGAAGGUUGCUAUGGAGUUGACGGAGAGAGCGACUCUAUUAUGAGUUCAGCUUCUGAAAACUCCACUGAACCUUGGUUUUGUGAUGCCUGUAAAUGUGGUGUUUCCCCUAGCUGUGAACUAUGCCCCAAUCAGGAUGGAAUUUUCAAGGAGACAGAUGCUGGAAGAUGGGUUCACAUUGUUUGCGCCCUUUAUGUUCCUGGCGUAGCCUUUGGCGAUAUUGACAAAUUACGACCAGUAACACUAACAGAAAUGAAUUAUUCCAAAUAUGGUGCUAAGGAGUGUAGCUUCUGCGAAGACCCUCGUUUUGCUAGAACUGGCGUUUGCAUUAGCUGUGAUGCAGGAAUGUGCAGAGCCUAUUUCCAUGUGACCUGUGCUCAGAAGGAAGGUCUACUUUCAGAGGCAGCAGCAGAAGAGGAUAUAGCGGAUCCAUUUUUUGCAUAUUGUAAGCAACAUGCAGAUAGGUUAGACAGAAAAUGGAAGAGGAAAAACUACUUGGCUCUACAAUCCUAUUGUAAAAUGUCUUUACAAGAGAGAGAGAAGCAGCUUUCACCAGAAGCACAGGCAAGAAUCAACGCCCGGCUUCAGCAAUAUCGUGCCAAAGCAGAACUGGCUCGAUCCACCAGACCCCAGGCCUGGGUUCCAAGGGAAAAAUUGCCCAGGCCACUCACUAGCAGUGCUUCAGCCAUACGUAAACUGAUGCGGAAAGCAGAACUGAUGGGGAUCAGUACAGAUAUCUUCCCAGUGGAUAAUUCAGAUACUAGUUCUAGUGUGGAUGGAAGGAGAAAGCAUAAACAACCUGCUCUCACUGCUGAUUUUGUGAAUUACUAUUUUGAGAGAAAUAUGCGCAUGAUUCAAAUUCAGGAAAAUAUGGCUGAACAAAAGAAUAUAAAGGAUAAAUUAGAGAAUGAACAAGAAAAGCUUCAUGUGGAAUACAAUAAGCUAUGUGAAUCUUUAGAAGAACUGCAAAACCUGAACGGAAAACUCCGAAGUGAAGGACAAGGAAUAUGGGCCUUACUAGGCAGAAUCACAGGGCAGAAGUUGAACAUACCGGCAAUUUUGCGAGCACCCAAGGAGAGAAAACCAAGUAAAAAAGAAGGAGGCACACAAAAGACAUCCACUCUUCCUGCAGUACUUUAUAGUUGUGGAAUUUGUAAGAAGAACCAUGAUCAGCAUCUUCUUUUAUUGUGUGAUACCUGUAAACUCCAUUAUCAUCUUGGAUGUCUGGACCCUCCUCUUACAAGAAUGCCAAGAAAGACCAAAAACAGUUAUUGGCAGUGUUCAGAAUGUGACCAGGCAGGGAGCAGUGACAUGGAAGCAGACAUGGCCAUGGAAACCUUACCAGAUGGGACAAAACGAUCAAGGAGGCAAAUUAAGGAACCUGUGAAAUUUGUUCCACAGGAUAUGCCUCCAGAACCCAAGAAGAUUCCGAUAAGAAACACGAGAACCAGAGGACGAAAACGAAGCUUCAUUCCUGAGGAAGAAAAACAUGAGGAAAGAGUUCCUAGAGAGAGAAGACAAAGGCAGUCUGUAUUACAAAAGAAACCCAAGGCUGAAGAUUUACGAACUGAAUGUGCAACUUGCAAGGGAACUGGAGACAAUGAAAAUCUUGUCAGAUACCCUUCAUGAGACCCAACUCUGCCACAGCUCAUCCUCGGAGGCAAUCCUGGAAACCUCUUUUAUAAGUGUGAUUUUAAAAAUGUGGAUAACACUCUCAAUAGAGUACAUAAAAUAAAGGAGAACAGCUAUCUUGUCCUUCCCAUAAGCUUAUCACUGCAGAAAGUUGCCUUUGCUUGUCAGGUUUGGAUAGAAUGUAAUUGAUUGGUUUGUUACUUGGACUGACAAGGCAGUUAAUUUGCCUGUGUGGAUUUUUUUUUUUUCUAUUUUUUUUCUUCGUCUACUUUUUUUUUUGGCACUAAUCAGAAACAUAUGAUAUGUGCAUUGUUGAAAAAUACUAGAUAAUGUCUUGUCAGAAUUGUCCUAUUAAGUAAUGUCUUCCCCUCUUGCUUCUUUGGCAAAUGAUGUACAGUGUUUGGACUUAAUGAAGAGCUAUAGAAGCCUGUGGGACUUAACAUGCAAUGCGCUGCUCAUUGUUGUUGAACAAAUCUAGUAACAAACAAGAAAGACAAUGCAUUCCAUUAGUCUGGUAUUCUGUUCAUCCAACUUAAUACAUCUAUUAAUAUAUGAAAUGCUGCACCAGGAAACAACUAUAGACUCUAUAUUAAGUAUUCUAUUUAUAAUAUUCAGCAAGAGUGAAAGCAUAUUUCAUUUUAGUUUUGACUCAUUAGUCCUAGUGUAAAAGCACUAAUAUUAUUAGCAUGCAAUUUUUACAACUUCAGAUGUUAAGCUCGUAAAUAAGAAUAUAUCUGAAUAUAUUUGUGUUGAUAUCUAGAUAUUUUUAGUAAUGGUCAAAUUUAUUCAGUCUUUAUUGAUUUAAUACAAACUUUCUGUGAUCAGUAUAAUUUUUUCUCAAACUUAAAUAUGAAGUAACAAAAUAAGGAGAGAGAUACAAAGCUUAUUGACUAUACAGCCUGCCAACUGAAAGAUCUUCAUCAACAUCUGUAUCUUUCCAAAGGUUUACAGAAUUAAAAUUUGGUCUUCAAGCUUAAAUGAUCCAGUUUUAAGUCAACGACAGAAAUAUGUUGAAUAUUUCAUCAUUUCAUCUUGAACUGAUUUAAAAGAGACUCUUUGCUGAAAUUGAAACGCACAUAUACAUGUAAAUUGUCAACAUGUCUCUUGGAAUUUCCUGAUGUAUAAAUGCGGUUUGAGAUAUCUUUUUAGGUAUAGUGGCGAUUGAAAAAUAGCUUAAACAUUAGGGAUAGAGUAGGAAAUGUUAUAGAUACUCAAAAGCAAGUGUAAAUAUAAAGUUACUGUAUGCUAGUAAUCUAUAGUAAGAAUAUAUUAUUGGACGUUUAAUAAAAGUAAUGUAUAGACUAUGUAUAAACUGAGGUUAUUAACUCAUCAAAAGAUCUGAUAACGGGAAAAAAUUUUAGUACUUGUAGCAAAACAUGUAGCUUUUUUUUUUUUUUUUUAGAAAGAGGACUCAUUAUUUAUUAUUGUGUAAACUUGAGAAAAAGUUGGUAAUUAUUACUGUUGCUGAACUCCAGUUGAUUUUCAGAAAAAUGGUAGAUUGCCAUUUCCUUAAAAAAAUAUGCUAAUGCUUUGGGACUUGACCCUCCUUUGAUAUAUGGUAAGAAAUUACUAGUGGUCAUUUUAUUUUCAAUUUUUUUGAAAAGUCAUGAAGCCUUGUGGUUCUGGUGUUACUAUUAAUCAAAAUCCUUUCCACUUGGUUCUGUUUAGAAUACCACAUUGUCAUCAUUCUCCAUCUUAAACUUCAGUGAUGGAUAUACUGUUCCAUAUUUGGUGCUAGUCCUAAGAAAUCUUUGUCACACAUUGCAGACGUAAACCACAUAAUUCAUAAGAUCAUUGGUCCUGCAAAUAUAUUAUUUGGAGCAGAACUUUUGAAGAGAAUAGAAUAAAAUACUUUCUCCUAAUAAUUUCUUAGACAUUCUCAUACUUCAUGGUAUAAAAAUUAACACUUUUCCAUAAUUGAACCAGUUGCUGUUCAUAAAAAUACACUUAAUAGUUCAUAUUUCGUAGACAUAUAUAAUAGAAAACAGCUCAACAAGUAAAUGAUAGUUAUUUGUCAUGUAAUAGAAAAAGAAAAAAAUGAAAUAUCAAGAAGGAAAUUAAACAACUUUAAAAUACAAGAAGGAUAACACGGCAGCAUAUGGCAAUGAUUCUCUAACUUGGUAGCGCAUCAGAACCCUAGGAAGGACUUGUUAAAAAGCAGAUUGCUGCCCUACUCCCUUCCUUAUUUUACUCCUCCCAUUUUGCUUCCUCUCACUUUUCCCUGCGGUUUCUGAUUCAGUGGGUUUGGAAUGCCUGGAAAUUUGCAUUUCUAGCAAGUUCCCCGAGUGAUGCUGAUGCUGCUGGCUAGGGACACCACUUUGAGAACCAUAUGUAUAUAAUAUUUUUAAAAGAAUCAUGGUCUUGUUGACAUUGAUUGAUUGAAAGUGGCUUUAGUUUCCUUGAAGGUGCCCUUAAAUUUUCAAAAAUAUUUGUUUCUAGAUAAAAGAGUUUAUAGGGGUUUCAUCUGCAGUACAUAUAGUAUAACUUCUUUAGUAUAUAUAAAUUCAGUCAAACAGAUGUUUAUUUUAUACCUAUUAUAGGGAGCAUUACUAUUUUAGGUACAGAAAUGAAUCAAGGAACAUAGCCUUUGACCAUAAUUCACUAAUUCCUUUGUUAAGAAAGGUUUGAAAUUAGGGUUAUGUUUAACAGGAAAACAAAAUUUAGCUAUGAACUUUAUCUCUAAGUUUGUAAAUUAUAUUUAUUUAACAUUUAUGUAUCAUUGUUAUUCAUGUUUCUUGAAUGUUUAUCUGACUUUACAUUUAUAAUGUUAACAGAUCCCUGACCAAUAAAUAAUAAGAGUAUUCACACAUUAUUCUACUUCCCUGUUUUUAUAUCCCAUUACUUAAUGAAAUCACUCUUUUUUAAUGCAUAAUAGUCCUUAUUUGACAAAACUCACCACCACUUUACUUGAUUCACAGUGUAGGACUAUUACUAUUUCACCAAAAUCUAUUCAAGGAAUUCAGAAGGACUCUGUAGCAAAAUGGAAUAUUAACAUUAUUAAUUUUUUUUAAUUUUCUGAAAUCAUUUUGACAAUUGAAACUUGUCUUAAGAGACUCAGCUUUAGAGUUGCAUAGCAUAUGAAGGCAGAAAAUUUUUCCUACCUGUCUGUGUCAACUCUUUGUCAAAAUACAUAAUACUAAGGAUUGUGAUUAAAAAUACUGCUGAGCUGGACAUGCCUUGCCAAUACUUUCUUCAUAAAAACGUAGGCCUUUUUUACCCAGUACUCUUAAGACUUUCUGCAGGCCUGCUGAUAAGACUCACUACUAUUCAGGUACAUAAGAUAUAAUGAAAUUGGAUGUUCAUGCUGGGCUUUGUAAAUAAAAUUAGAUUGACCCCCCAGCCAUUAUCUCAUUUAUCUGAUUUAUGCUGUAAAAAUCAAGAUCUACACUACUGAUUAGAGCAUAAUUAGUUAAUUAUGAAUAGGGAAAUACAAAGUUAUAUGGGGCUUGAGCACAGCAGGUUAUACUGCUGAAAAAUUUCCAAGGGCAUGAGCAGAUGGAGAUCAGUUUAUUAAAGAACAAAGCAGACAUGUUUCAGGUAUGGCAAUGUCUAAUCAUUCUCUGAUGCUGUGAAGAGGUACCUGACCUUAUUGUGUAUUUUUAUAUGAAUUAUUUUAUUUCAUGUUUUAUUUUUUUUAUUUCACUUUUUAUCUUCUAAUUUGGCUGUUGUAGAUGUAGCUAAUUGAAUUGAUCUCAUCAUUUAAGUGAUCAUUAAAUGUGAAUUUGGAUUUCAAUAAUUAUCUGAAUAUUUUUCAGAUUAAUACACUUUAAUAUGUAGAGAAUAUUUUUGUCCUUCUUAUUCAUUCAUUAUUGCUCAUGAUUUAAAAGUCUAUAUUGACAUUAAUGAAAAAAAUAUGUUCAAGACCUCCACAUUAGUCUUUAUUUGUGAUAUAUGAUAUAAAAGACAUUUUCUAAUUAUUUUAUUUAGAAAAUGCUCAUAUAGGUGAUUUACACUAAAAGUGCUGUGAAAUAUAAGGAAUAAAGUUUCCCGUUAUUUCUAUUAGAUAUUAUUCUAAUAUUGGUAGAAUGAAGAAUUUUGUGCAAUCUUGUAUUAUCUUAAAAGUGAUUUAACUCAUGGGCCACAAACCUGCAUUUUUCUCCAUCUAUUAAAAUGAGUUAUUGAAAUAAUUGGCUACUUACUGUUCAGUGAAAGAGUCUAUCACUGCUGGUUAAUACAUUUGUGUAGGUGUUCCAGCUGCUAGCAAGAUUUUGUGUAAGUAAUGUUAAUAUUCAAGACCAAUUCUUUUCAUCUUUCUUACAUAGAAUUUUUACAUAGAAAUGAUGAAAAAGUAAGAAAAUCCAACCCAUCAAUUCUCUUGGCAUUUAGUUGUGUUUUGUUUUGUUUUAUAAGUGAACAGAUGUAAGAGUAUAUUCUCAGAGUCACUUCUUUAGUCUAUAUAGACUUAGAAGGGAUCUAAAUCAUGUUUAUUGACAUAAAAAAUAGCUGUGAUUAUGAAUCAACCUAUAUAUCAUGUUUCAAGUCCCAUAUUGUGGAUUUCUUCCAAAAUUUAGCUCAUCAUCUAGCUAUAAAUUAUAUAUAUGGGAGAUGCACUUAAUUUCUUGAUUAGUUUGAAAAAGUUAUCUAGUGUACUCUCUGGGAAAAUUAUCAAUUGGAAAUAAAGGGAAUUUAAGAAACCCUUGGGAGGAGUUUCCAUUUUGGCUCAGUGGUAACAAACACAACUAGUAUCCAUGAGAAUGUGGGUUCGAUCCCUGGCCUCACUCAGUAGGUUGAGGAUCCAGCAUUGGCCGUGAGCUGUGAUGUAGGUGUAGGUAGUAGACGCAGCUCGGAUCUGGUAUUGCUGUGGCUGUGUAGGCCGGCAGCUGCAGCUCUAUCCCUAGCCUAGGAACCUCCCCAUGCUGCAGGUGUGGCACUAAAAAGCUAAAAAAAAAGAAAGAAACCAACCCUUUGGAACACUGGCCUGUCUCUGAGGCAUAGACAGAAAUAAAUCAGUUGUUUUGUUGUACUUGUAUGCAUAUUCUCAGUAAUUCAGGUAAACGUAUGACUGAUUGCUUCUAUGGGUCAUAGCACAUAUGAACAUGAAUCAUUUUCUUCCUCUUCUUUGUCUAGGGUGCUAUACUUAACCUUAAGCUAAGUAAGUAUUUUAAAUACGUAUAGAAUUACGUUUAUUUGGUGACUGGAUUUUACUAAAUCAGUGUGUGUAAGACCAUAUAACAUAGCUGCUUUAUUAUUUACAUCUGUGUCCUUUAUGAAUCUGAUGCCUAGGAGGUUGUAUUUAGUAAGAAUCUACUUAAAAAAUCAGGUUUCCUUUUCUUAUCAAUGGUCUCGAUUUUAUUUCACUUAAAUUUGUAAUUGUAGAAUGUCCUUUAAUGUUAAUGUGUACAAUCGUAUUAGAUGUUUAAAGAAUACUUCUUUAAGCAUCUAGUUUGCAUUUUUUAAAAAAGACAGUGUUUAGUCAUAGGUUAGUUUAUAUUAUCUUUUAAUAUUUUAAGACAUUGCCUUCCUAUGUAAUAUAUGUGAUACUGGUAUAUUAUAAAAGUCUGUUUUUAUUACAUAGACAUUUGUGUUAUUUAAUAAAGUAUAUUGUGUUAUA